CGCAGUUUAUGUGUACGAAAAAGCCAACGACUAUUAUUAUUAUUUUUUUUUCGCUUCGUUUUACUAUCCAUAUUAUCGAUAGAGCAUAAUUACAAAGAGUUUUAGUAUUGUCCAUAUUUUGUUCGUUUUGAAAACGACGACAUCAACGACGACCACGACGAGCAAGAAAGGAGAACGAACGACAGAAAAGUACGAGCGAAAAAAAAAAUACCGAACUGUUUCAUUUUGAUAUAUCGUUGUAAUCGAUUGUUGUUAUUGUGCGUGUUUCAUUACGUACGCUGAGACAGUAUAUUAGGCAUACGCUGUGUAUGUGUAGAAAGUUCUGCUUCGAUUAGAAAUAAUUUCUAGUAUACGCUAGUUGUGGAGUUGCCUUUCAUCCAUCGUAUAAUCGAAUUCGACGGAAAGGAGCGGAAAAAGACAAAACACACGAGAGAAGAAAAAAAAAUACCGAUCGACCGACCGCAGAAUUUCAUUUUGAAGUAAGGGCACCAUACAUACGAGUAAAAAAGACAACCAAUUUCCAACACCAUAUACACAUAUUAUUCUAUUUUGGAGUCGGGAAAAUACACGACCGAUUUUGUAGAAUAGUGGAUAGAUAAAUUAUUUAAAAGCAAUAGCACGACCAUUUCGAUAACAACAACAACGAAAACGACGACGACGACAACAGCAACAGCAACAGAAAACUACGCGGAAAAUAAUCGAAACCGACAGUGAAUCAAAUAUUCGUUCGUCUCUCAGUGUAUUUUCUCAUGAUAUUAUUCAUCUCUUUUGUACCCGUGUUCUUCAGUAUUUUCUGUUUUAACUCUAUUUUUGAGACUCUCUCUAUCUAUUUACUAGACACAUACGGCAAACUAACAACGAAACACAAGUCGAAAUGAAGCGAUCUAUGUCAGAAAACAACUCGGACGGCGAAGACAAUAUGAACGAUGGAGCCAACAACUUGAGCAGUGGCGGUGGCAGUAAUGCCAGCGGAAAUUACAGCAACAAUAAUAAUAAUCGAGGACAGAAACGUUCUCGCAACGAGGAAAUGAUUCGCUUGCUGAUUCCUAGCCGAUUUGCUGGCGGUAUCAUUGGAAAGGGUGGCCAAAACAUCAAACGUCUGCGUCAAGAGUUUCAUGCCAAUAUUAAUGUUGAGGAUUGUCCUGGCCCUGAACGUACGGUAAAUAUAUCCGCACCUGAGCUCAGCAAUGCUCUCAAAGUGAUUGAGGAUAUUUUGCAUAACUUUGGCGAGGAGGACAGUGAAAUCGAUCUGCGCUUGUUGAUCCAUCAAAGUUUGGCCGGUUGUGUCAUCGGAAAGGGUGGCGGAAAAAUCAAGGAAAUUCGAGAUAAAGUGGGAUGUCGCAUUUUGAAAGUAUUUUCAAGCAUGUGCCCACAGAGUUCGGACCGUGUUGUGCAGUGCAUUGGCAAGGCAAAGGAAUGCAUCGAUGCAAUCAGCGACAUACUGGUGUUGAUAAAAGAAGUGCCAAUCAAAGGUACGAUACAGAACUACGAUCCAAUGAACUACGAUGAUUACUUGGCUGAUAAAUAUGGCGGUUUUGGUGGCGAUAACGCUGGAAAUCGUGGCAAUAACAAUAACAACAAUAAUAAUCGCGGAGGUAGCGGUGGUGGUGGUGGCGGCGGCGGCAGCCAAGGUCGCAACCAACGAGAUAGAAGCUUUGAACGUCGUGACAAUAACAACCGCAACUUCAAUCGAAGAAAUGAUGGAGGUGGACGAGGCGGUGGUAAUGGCAAUGGUGGUGGCGGCGUCGGCAACAAUAACAUGAGAGACCGUGAACGUAACAAUUUCAUAAAUCCAUGGGCAUCGAGCCCAUCAAUGGGUAACAGUAGCUUUGAUGGACCAAAUUUCAAUCAGUUCGGAAACAAUGGCGGCAUGGGCGGCUUCAACAAUUUUAACAAUCCAAACACAGGCAGUCCUAGCAGUUUGAUGAACGGAUUCAAUGGCAUCGGAAACAAUCCAAAUAUGGGCAACAACAACAAUGCAUUUGAUAACAAUAUGGGCAAUAAUGGACCAGUGUUUGGAUUAAACAGCAGUCUUGGUGGCGGUAACAUGGGCAACAAUAUGCCGAACAACAUUGGAAACAAUGGACAAAAUGAUGAAGGACGAGAAACUACACAAGUGACCAUUCCGAAAGAUUUGGCUGGUGCUAUCAUUGGCAAAGCUGGUACACGCAUACGAAGAAUUCGCAUGGAAUCGAAUGCAUUCAUUACCAUCGAUGAACCAGCUCAAGGAUCAACCGAUCGUAUCAUUACGAUCUCAGGCACAGCAAGACAAAUUCAGUUGGCUCAAUACUUGUUACAGCAAAGUGUGCGUGAACAUCGAAGAAAUUAAUCGAGCGAUAUCAUACUUUAAUCAUGUCCACCAACAACUAAAUAGUCCAUCGUGCGUAAAAUACAACUCUAUUUUUCCGCUGUAUGAAGGAAACUAAUCAGCAGCCGUCAAGAAAUCAAUUCAUAAACCAACAAAAUAUUACUAUAAGGUUGCAAAUUUGCAUCAAUAAGAACACUUCUAAACCAUUUCAUAAACAACAACCACAAAAAACUAUCAGCUUAUUGGUUUUUUUUUCUCAAUCAAUUUUUAAAGCAAGAACAAAACAAAAUAAUGCAAGAAAAAUAAAAAAAAUAUUUAAAGUGAAUAUAUUUAAAACAGAAAUUACAGAACAACUGUAGCAAACACAUUUUAGCCAUUCCAUACAACGAAAAGGAUUUGUUUCAUUUUAGAAUUCAAACUCAAUUUUAUACCCGAAAUGUCCGACAACAAAGGAACAACAACAACAACAGCAACAACAAUAAUAUGCAACACGAAAUUAAAUAAAACAAAUUCCGCUUCGUGUGGAUAAACAACAAAUAUGCAAGGCACUUGGUCUUGUACGUACAAUAAAUAUUCACUUGAAUGAAAAUCUGUAACCAAAAAAAAAAAAACAAAUAGUUUGCUUUAGGUAAUAGUUUUUGUGUCACACCCAAUCCCAAAAUGGAUCCUCGAACUGGAUAUAAUUAAAAAGAAGAAAAAAAAGAAAACAAAUGCAAAUCAAAAGCAACAUUUUUAUUGUAUCGUACGCAACUUUUUAUUUUUAUAGAUUUACACAGAUAAAUAAUAAUGAUGAAAACAGAAGAUAACAAACAGAAUAUGAAUGAAACUCACACACACACACACACACACACACACGCAAACGCAACCGAUAUACGUGACUGAAUGAAUGUGUGAGAGAAAACAGUUCACAAGUCCAUUUUUAUCAUCACAAAUAUUUUUUGUGUGAAUUUUGAAAUAUCUAGCGCUCAAAUUUAAUGAACAUCUGAACGGAAUACAUAACAACCACAUGUAUGUCGUUCAAACAAUAAAAUUCAUCGGAACAAAUGCCCCCAAUGUUCAUUUAAGUGAAUGGGAUUUUAAAAGAGAACUAUUUUUUAAUCAGUUUUUUCUUUCUUGCGCGCGCUAUAGAUGUAUUUUUUGUUAUUACAAUUUAAGGUCUUUUUUAACGUUCCAACUGUUUGAAAAAAAAAAAAUAAAUCGAGAAAAUGUAUAAAAAUCAAAUAAAAAGCUAAAAAAAACUUUAAA